AUGGAUUGGACGCAUCAAAUGGAUAUUAAUAAUAAUGAGGUGUCAAGAAGUAGCUUAUUAAGACGAUCGGAGGGACAUCACCAUCAUGAAUUGCCACCAUUAUGGGUAAAAUUAAUCGGUUCCAACAAACCAGUGUCUUCAGGAAAAUCCAGUAGCGCCUCCUGCGAGGUUGUAGGGGCAAGUCCUGCUCCAAAAUUGCUGUGGACUUUGGGAGGAACUGCUCUUAAUAAUUCUUCACAAAUUACUUCAGAAGACAGAAAUACAACCACCAGCAGAAUAAUUUUCAUAGCAAAUGCAAACGACCAUGGAAAACUAUUAAACUGCCAUAUUGACACCGAAGGAAAAAAACCUUUGCAAGAUUCAUGGAAAUUGAACGUCCUACAUGCUCCGGUAAUAAGACUGACACUCGGAGCCCCCUUGAGAUCUCAGACUGUCAAAAAAGGGAGUGACGUGUAUUUGGAGUGCCACGUCAAUGCCAACCCUUUAAAAUACAUCGUUGAAUGGAAACACAAUGGUCAUAAAAUUGUAACAAACAACACGGAUGGAAUAAUAUCAACGAACAACAGUUUAGUAAUUCAGCACAUUUCCAAAGAAAAUGCUGGCAGCUACGUUUGCCAGGCUGAAAAUUCCCAAGGAAUCGGAUACAGCAACGAAUUGUCUCUCAAUGUCCAAUACGAGCCCAUCUGUGCAAGCGACACCAAAAUCAUGACAAUAUCCAGUAAACAGGACGUCAACAUUACGUGUCCCGUAAGGAGCUUCCCACAUAAUAAUCUAAAGUACACCUGGAAAAUUAACCACGCCAAAAAAUCCAUGGUUUUGAAUACAACGACUGCCAACGAAUUUUUGUUCAGACAACAAAUGUACAAAGACUACGUUUCGGAGCAAGGAGAAAAAAGGCACUACUCGAUUUUGUGUUAUGCCAAAAAUCCUAUCGGAGACCAAGUCAUACCUUGUGAGACUAUUUUGCAAUUAGCAGAAAAACCAGAGCCAGCCAAAAACUGCACCUUUGAAUCCAACAGUAUCAACAUGUUCCUGGUUCAAUGUAUACCUGGAUACGAUGGUGGAACUGAGCAAAAAUUCAUGUUUUUAAUUUAUGAUGUAAAUAAUUCGAAACUAUAUUUGAACUAUAGUUCUCCGAUUCCAAUUCUGAGAGCUAAUCAUCUGCCAUCGGAGACUGAUUAUAGAAUAGUGAUAACUGCUUUUAACGCAGAAGGAUUCAGCCCAGAACAAAUAGUACUAGGUACAACCAUGAAACCUAUGGCUAAGAAAAAUGUUAGAGAACAGCACAGCAAUAUAUUUGCUAAUACAAAUAAAGUUGGCGUUCUAAUUCAACUGACACCAUUAUUAGGAGCUUUGGUAGGAACCGUUGGAACUUUAAUCGUGGUUGCUAUUUGUAUAGUCAUUAUGAUUAGAUGCAAAUCUAAGAGAAAAGGCGAGCCUCAAACUUUCAACAAACAUGACCAAAAACGGCAAACCAAAGACAAUACUCAAUCUGAAAUGAGGAGUCAGACAAGUUCAGUAUCAGCAGAUAAAUCUUUGGAGUUAUUGCCGCAUUUUUCAGAUGAUGAAUACAUGCAGGAGAAUCGAGUAUUGCUUAGAAAUCCGGAGAGCUUGAACUACAAGAUUAAACCCAUAAUAAAAACAGAGGACCAAGUCCUCGGCAGCCCAUCCCUCCACCACAACAACUUUCGCCUAAAACCCUACAUCCACCACCCAACACCGACCUACGCCAGCAGCGACGGAGAGCUCCGAACCUACGUCACCUCGGCAUCGCCCAACGUCUACACGCACGCCCCAUCGAGGUUCAGAAGCACCCUGCCAUGCUUGAAUUCGGAUACCCAAUCUCAGAGAUCGGGAAUGGUACCCUUGUUGACGACCUCCAAUACGACUCCGACGCCGCCCAUGUGCCUCCAAUCGGAGCUGGUUCACCAGGAGAUGACUUCUUGAGACGAGGCUGGAAGAGAUUUGACGGAGUCGAAGGUUGUCCAGAAGGUGAUUGAGAGAAGGGAUGAGGUUUUUGUGAUUUGUGAGAAGUCGUCUUCGAUGGAGGUUUGUAAAUAGUAA